UCCUUACGCUCCUCCAACCCUUUCCCCACCCGGCUCCGGUCCCGGUGAACGACAUCGAUGGAAAACGGAGCGGUGCUGGCCGCUUCCCCCCCCCCUCACCGCGGCCUCGGGGCCUCCUGAGCCCGACGGCGGCGAUGAAGCGGAGGAGAUGGAGAAGCUGGCGGCGGGGCUGGCCCGGCUCCGCUGGAACCCCGCGGCUCUGCCCCUGGAUGCCAUCGUCAGCAAGUGCCGGCUGCCCACGUUGGUGUGCCUGGGGCAGGGGGAGUCGGUGGAGGGGGUGAGUGCCCAGGAUGUGCUGCUGAUCCACUCGUGCCGCCAAUGGACGACGGUGACGGCCCACAGCCUGGAGGAGGGCCACUACGUCAUCGGCCCCAAAAUCGACAUCCCACUGCAGUACCCAGGGAAGUUCAAGCUGCUGGACCAGGACCGGGACAUCCGUGAGCCCGUGCAAUAUUUCAAUAGUGUGGAGGAGGUGGCCAGCAUCUUCCCGGACCGCGUCUUCGUUAUGGAGGCCAUCACAUUCAGCGUGAAGGUGGUGUCGGGGGAGUUCAGCGAGGACAGCGAGGUGUACAACUUCACGUUGCACGCUGGGGAUGAGCUGACGCUGAUGGGGCAGGCGGAGAUCCUGUGCGCCAAGACGGUGAAGGAGAAGUCGCGCCUCAACACCCUCCUGCGGAAGCUGGGCAAGGCGGCGCCUGCGGCAGGGGCCAGGCAGGUGAAGGGCAAAAUGCCGUGCCUGAUCUGCAUGAACCACCGCACCAACGAGAGCCUCAGCCUCCCCUUCCAGUGCAAGGGCCGCUUCAGCACCCGCAGCCCGCUGGAGCUGCGCCUGCAGGAGGGCGAGCACACCAUCCGCAGCAUCAUCGAGAAGGUCCGGCUGCCCGUCAACGUGGCCGUGCCCAGCCGGCCGGCGCGCAACCCUUACGACCUGCACGCCAUCCGCGAGGGACACUGCUACAAGCUGGUGGGCAUCAUCUCCAAGACGGUGGUGCUGUGCUGCAUCCUGCGGCGCGAGCGCCUCGUGCCCUUCCACUUCUUGCUGCUGGCCGACAUGCCGCGCUUCCAGCUGCCCGAGGGGCUGCUCGGCGGGGACCCGCAGCUGGAGAAGCUGCUGCGGGACAGCGCGGCGUAUUGCCACGAGCGCUUCAACCCCGACGAGUACUCGCGGGCCGUGCGGGAGGCCAAGCCGGAUUUUUCGGAGGAAUGCGCCAGCCCCCGGCGCCUGCGGCUCUGCCUGCCGAGCUGCGGCCGCGAGGAGCUCAGCCAACCCCUGCAGAGGCUCUCGCUCUGCUUCUACGGUGGGGGGCUGCCCCGCGCACCCCUGGAUUCAGCCACCCGCUGCGGGGACCCCCCUGAUUUUACCGAGCCUGAGAGGGAGUAUGUGACGCCCGACUGGGCCGAGCCAGAAUUCAGGACUCAGGAACCACUGGAGAUCCCUUACGAAGAGCUCUGGAGCAACCAGGGCUUGGAGAGCUGCUCUUCCUCACAGCCCAGCACUGCAGGGCGGCCGGACCUCAUCGCUUUCGGGGCCACGUCCCCGCUGGGCUCCCCGCGACGCGCCAGGGAUGAGCCGCUGGGGGACGCACCACCGCCGGUGCCACCCAAAUCAGAGGCGGUGAAGGAGGAGUGUCGGCUGCUGAAUGCCCCCCCUGUGCCACCUCGGGGAGGCCGCCCCACGGUGCCCCGCAGCCCCCCAGCCCCGCUGCGCUUCCCAAAGCUGGCACCUGCUCCCUCGCCCAGCCCCAGCCUGUCCUACUACUCCUCGGGGCUGCACGACGGGUCAGCCCCGCGGAGUGGCAGCGGCUCGCCUUCACCUGACGCUUACUCCCUCUAUUGCUACCCCUGUGCGUGGGGAGACUGCAAAGCUGGGGAUCCCCCCGGCUGCCCGCUGCCCCCCGCUGCCCCUCCGGCCCCCACCGCCUGGUCCGAUCCCUGGGCCUACACCGAGGCAGGGGGGAACAGCAGCUGCUCCACACCACCGCCCGCCACUGAGUCCCCUCUGAAGCCUUUCCGGAGCUGCCCCCGCCUCAAACCUCCUCACUCCCAAAAACGCUUUGCACCCUUUGGGGCGCUCAACCCCUUCGCCGGUGCAACCGAGUGGCCUGAAAGCCCCGAGUGGCCCAAACCACCUUCAGCCCCGGCUGCGCCCUCUUCCUCUUCUUCACCAGAGUCCUUUGAGGGCCUGGAGCCAGCGGCCCCCCCGCGCCCACCCAAGGGCUUUGACGGGGACGGCAUCGUCAUCCGUGGCACGGCCCCGCUCUCUCCUGCCGUGCUGAGAGGCGCUGAGGGCGGCGUCACCCACCUCUACCUGGCGCAGGGCGUUAUCGAGGUGCCACCGGGGACGUGGGGUGAAGGGGGGGCCCCGCCGGCUGCCCCAAGGCCCAGUGGGGACGGUUCACCCUGGCUGCCCCCUGCCGACCUCUCGGCCCUGUCGGUGGAGGAGGUCUCCAAGUGCCUACGUUUCAUUGGCCUCUCCGAGGACGUCGUCAGCUUCUUCGCGCGGGAGCGCAUUGAUGGCAGCAUCUUCGUGCAGCUCAGCGAAGAGAUCCUGGCUGAUGAUUUUCGCCUUACCAAGCUCCAGGUGAAGAAAAUCAUGCAGUUCAUCAAGGGCUGGCGCCCCAAAAUCUAGCCUGACGAUGGGGUACUCACAGGAGCCCCAACCCAGCAGUGCCUCUCCCCACCUUUCAGCUGUGGGGUUUCCUCCUUCCUGAGCCUCUCCCUUUCCUGUUGCAACACUGGACAGUUCAUUUUGGCCUGAAAGGGCUGGAAA